AAAAAGAAAACAAUGAAAAUGGCAAUUGGGCAGGCCGUCAAUCACCCUUUGACGAAGAAAAUCAUUUCAAAAACGGCCAAAUUACCGGCGUGGUGCUUCCAUUACUUCCAUUGGGAUGUGGCGUUUUUAGUGGUCUGCGUAGUUGCAAUAGCAGUGGACCCUUUGUUCAUUUAUCUUCCUGUCAUCAACGAGGCUACCAAAUGCAUUGCUAUAGAUACCACUUUGAAAAUCAAUGCUAUUUGUGUGCGAUCGUUCCUGGAUUUGAUUGCUCUUGGGGAUCUGGUUGCAAGAAAAAUAAAUAAUUGCCCUGACAUGAAGAGUUCAGACUACGUGAUUAACAUUCUCAGCAUUCUUCCAGUGCACCAGGUGUUAAUGCCAAUUAUAUUUUCAGAAAUGAGCACGUCAAAAAUCGAGAACAUAGGAAAAUUCCUAAAUGCAGUUGUUAUUUUGCAAUAUGUGCCAAGAAUUUUCCGUAUCUACAGAUUGUGGAAAAUAGUCAACGAGACUAUCAUCCUACCGAAAAGAAGUACUAUAGUGGAUGCAAGCUACAAGAAUCUGAUUCCACCCAGAGGUUUUUUAGUGAUGAAAGCUGGAUUCAACCUUUUACUGUAUCUCGUCGCGAGUCAUGCACUGGGUGCUUUUUGGUACUUCUUCUCCAUCGAACGAGAGACCACGUGCUGGUACAAGCUGGCCUGUGAGCAUGAUAUUAAUGGAUGUAGCAAGGGUAUUUCUUUAGACUGUGGUGCUGAUGGUUUUGGAAAUUACACGUUUUUAAAUGAUUUUUGCUCCAUAGAAAACCCAAAUACCACUCUCUUUGAUUUUGGAAUAUUCGAAGAUGCCCGUCAAUCUGGUAUACUAUCGUCCAUGGACUUUCCGCGAAAGAUCAUAUUUUGUUUCUGGUGGGGCCUGCGAAAUUUGAGUUCACUUGGUCAAAACCUUCAAACAAGUACUUAUUAUUGGGAAAACUGCUUCACGGUUCUUAUUUCGAUCUUUGGCUUACUUCUAUUUUUAUACUUCAUCGGAAAUCUUCAGAUAUACAUGCAGUGGGAUGCAUCUAACGAGUUGGAUGAGAUCAAAUCUAAGUGGUUGAAAAACAAGGUGCAGGAAAAAUUAAGUACCAUCGAGGAUUGGUUAAGCACUAUGGUCAAAACUGAAGAGUUAAAACAGAUGGUCAAGGACUAUGUGACACCAGAACUGGAAGAUCAAAACAAUGCUUUUGAUGUAGAAAAUCCAUUCCCUUAUCUUUCCGAAGAGAUUAGAAGACGGAUUAAGAUCAAUCUCUGCUUGCCCCUGCUAAGGAGAUGUCAAUUGUUUGUGAGCAUGCAGGUGCCGAUAUUCCAAAACGUAAGUGAAGAAUUGUUGUCUAAGAUCACCUAUGAGUAUCUCAAGCAAGUGCAGUAUAAUCAGAACGUCUUCAUUGUUCGAGAGAAACAUCGUCUAGAUGAGAUGAUUUUCGUAGUAAGAGGAAUUGUGUGUACGUGUUCAAGUAACCAUGACGAUAAAACUGAGUGUCCUGAGAAAUGUGACCUCAUUGGAGAAAGUCUUGUAGAAUGGGUGCUGGAAUCUCCCAAACAAUCCAACCUUCCCUUAUCGACAAGGAAUCUCAAAUGUCAGAAAAAAGUUGAAGCUUUUUAUCUUACAGCUAAAGACCUCAAGGAUAUAAUAUCUCAAUAUUGGUGGAAAUUUAGCAAGUUCAGAAACAACACACAGUUUGACUCGGAACAGCUGAAGCAUUUUGCAGUUUCAUCCAUCCAAAGAGUGUGGCGGCGACACAAUCACUCCAUCUAUCCUAAACAAAAACGUACUUCAAAAAGGAUACAAAGUCUGUAA